GGCUGCAGCUACUGUACACAGUUGCGUAGAAGCUAAACUCGUCGCUCAAUGCGGAAGUGUAAGCAAAGCGAAAGUUACACACUGGAAGUUCAGACCCUUCUGUCCAGCAAGAUCAAAUGCUGAACCUCUCCUACAAUCAUCCUUGAUCUGUUGUCUUUCUCAGGAAUGGCGUUAUCCAGUAAUAUCCUGUCUGAAGAGCAAUUACGCUGCUCUGUAUGUUUGGAUAUAUUUGAUAAACCUGUAACCAUUCCCUGUGGCCACAACUUCUGCAUGGUGUGUAUAGAAAGAUCCUGGGAAAACCGUGUUUUGUGCCAAUGUCCUUUGUGUAAGGAGAUAUUCAAUAAGAAACCUGAUCUCCGUGUGAACAGAAGCUUUGCGGAAAUAACUGAACAGUUCAAGAGAACAAGACCUAGCAGCUCCGAGGAAUUCUCUGUUAAACCAGGAGAAGUGCUCUGUGAUUUCUGCACCACAGAAAGACUUAAUGCAGUGAAAUCCUGCUUGGUGUGUCUGGCCUCUUACUGCGAUGAGCAUAUCAAACCUCAUUAUCAAGGAACAGCUUUCAGGAGACACAGACUGAUUGACCCUGUGAACAAUCUGGAAAAUCGGAUCUGCAAGAAACAUGAGCGAUGCCUGGAGCUGUUCUGCAAGACUGACCAGAUGUGUAUUUGUCAGUUAUGUACAGAGACAGACCACAGGUCUCACAAUACUGUCUCAGCAGAGACUGAAUGGUUAGAGAAAAAGGCUCAGCUGGGAGAAACUGAAGUAAAAAUACAGCAAAUGAUCCAGUACAGACGAAAAAAGAUGGAAGAGAUCAAAAUAUCCAUGGAGCACAGCAAAAGCCGUGCAUGCAGAGAGGUUGAGAACAGUUUUCAGGUCUUCAGUGACUUAAUUCGCUCCAUUGAGAGAAGCCAGGCUGAGCUCCUUGAACUGAGUGAGGAGAAGCAGAAAGCCGCAGAGAGGCUGGCUGAAAGUCUCAUUAAGGAGCUGGAGGAUGAAAUCACUGAAAUACAGAGGAGACAUGCUGAGCUGGAGCAGCUCUCACAUACUGAGGACUACAUCGACUUUCUGCAGGUAAGCAGAUUCUAUUUAUGUAAAAAAAGUCACAAAACCUGUGACCUGCCAAGAGAUCACACUGACCUGUGCUUGGCAGAUUUGAGAAGAGCUGUGUGUCAACUGGAGGACAGACUUAGCGAGGAAAUAGAAAAACUGCCUGAAAUCAAGAUGAGGAAGAUGCGGCAAAAUGCAGUCGACGUUGUUCUGGACCCCAAUACGGCCCAUCCCAGUCUCAUACUGUCUGCUGAUGGGAAGCAAGCGAGACACGGAGACAUACGGCAGGUUUUCCAUGACAAUCCGGAGAGAUUUGAUGCUUGUGUCAAUGUCCUGGGGAAGGAUGGUUUCACCUCAGGGAAACACUAUUGGGAGGUGCAGGUGGACGAGAAGACUGAAUGGACUUUAGGAGUCGCCAGUGAGUCAAUUGAGAGGAAGGGGAAGAUUACACUGAGUCCUAAGAAAGGUUACUGGACUGUGGGAUUGAGGAAUUCUCACGAGUACAAGGCUUUCUCUCGUCCUUCUUCUGUCCUCCUACUGAGCACAAAGCCCAGGAAGAUCGGGGUAUAUGUAGAUUAUGAAAAGGGACAGGUUUCAUUUUAUGAUGCAGAGGCCAGGACACAUAUCUAUACUUUCACUGAUACCUUCAAGGAGAAAAUGUAUCCUCACUUCAGCCCUGGUGCACAUGAGGGAGGUAGAAACACAGCCCCACUGAUUAUCUCCCCCAUCAAUCAGGCAGAUUAUCAGUGGAAUGGAAUGCAAGAAUCCUAACCAGUAAGGCAUAAUACAAAUAAAAUAAACAGAUAAAACUUACAGUAUAUUAUUUAAUAUACUGUAAAUCAGCUCUCAGCAGCAUGCCACGAAGGAUAUUGAAAUUGUAAAACGGAUUGUUUAUUUCUAGAAAAGAUUCUUUAUAACUGAAAUUUGGUUGAGGCUACUAUAUACUGCUACGUAUGUGCAAUCUGUUUUCUGAAACAUUCAGAUGUCACCGUUUCCUUAAUGUGUCUAGAUUUGGAAGCGUUUCACCAUAAAGAGAGCAGGACAGUGGAGGGUUUAGCAUGGUAAGUGUGUUGCUGAAUUGAUGAAGAGCAAGGAAAGUAGCACAGAAACGUCGAUGAUAUGAAAUCAAGUAGAAGGAAUUUCAGACGUGUCCUGAGAGGUAAAUACUAGCAUUAUAAAGUGACGUAUCUGAGCCAGAUAAAGUGGGAGAUGGGAAAGUGCAUUUACUUCUUUACCCCAAAGGGCUGUAGAAAGAUGGAACAUAUUUCCCAGCCAUAUUGAAUCUGAUCACCUGUCUUAUGUCAAAGGAACAGAUGGAUGAGAUCUUGAUCCUUUGGUAGCUACCUGAUACCAAAUGGACUAGAUAGGCUGAAAGGCCCCCUCUGUUUUCUACCCUUCUAAGUUCUUAUGUACUUCCUAGGUGUAUUUCGGGGCCUGGCCUUUUCUGGUUGCAAUGCGCAUUACAGUUUGUAGCUUUAGUGUAUUUCUAAUGAACAUCAGAUUAACUAACAUUUAAGUGGUGCUGGUGAAACAGGACUAAUACUCUUUUACCUGGGUGACAAUAUUCAAAAUAAAUUUGUGCUGCUGAACUGUAGUUGGUGCUGUCUAACUGCUAGGACAUUAUCUCUGCCACUGUACAAGUAGGAAUUUGAACCCAACUGUCUUCUACUCUUCCACUCUUGCUUGCAAAUCUGGUCUGCAUGACUGUUUCUCCUGACUCAGCAGUGAAGAUAUUUAUAAAGUCUCUUCUUCUGAUUCUGUGUAUUAGGGCUGUUGAUGUAUACCUGCUACCGCAUUGCCCAAGGUUCCAAAUAAAAAUGUCUAAAAAAGUUUAUAAGGCUGUGGGUAUAAUCAGUUAAACAUUUUGAAUAAAUUGCAAUAUUGUUUUACACC